UUCUGUUGUAUUUCAUUCCUGGGAGAUUUUCAGUCCGGGGCUGCGCGAUUGCUCUGCCCGUUAUUGUGGCUGCAGUUUUUUUUUAUCAUUAUUCUUUUUUAUAUAUAUAGAUUAAAAAAACACAAGAGGCUUUCUCUUGUGGUUGUUGUUGUUGUUGUCGAGGCUUAGACCUGCCGCUUUUGCAAGCCCGUCAUUUUGUUCCGGACACCUGCAAUUGGGCAGCGCCAGGCAGUAGGUGCGCUGCCGGGGGGGACGGUGGAGGAGAGAGAGAGAGAGAGAGAGAGCUCCUGAUGUGAGUCGAGGCAGAUGCCAACGCUGGAGGCUGCAAAUAUCCCCAGCCCAUUGACGCGAGGCCACACUAUCCCACCAGCGCAGUCUGUGUGAAGCCUUUACUGAGGUUGGCGGCGAAUGAACAGCUCUCCCUUGCUGCCCCUCGAUUAUUUUUCCUCCUCUCUCGUCCCCCUGUUUAUUUUUCUCCGCUUCCUCCCCACUGCUAGGAUGCUGAAGGCUGUGGCGUGAGUGAGAUGGCAGCGGGCCGGCUCUUGCUCUACGCCGGCCUCUCCAUGGCCUUGUGCGCCCUGGGUAUGCUGGCCGUGGCCAUCUGCUCCGACCACUGGUAUCAGACGGACGCCCGGAGGCACCGUGAAAGGUGCAAGAACUACGCCAGCCGCACCAACCCCCCGGGCUUCAUCUACACCUCCAACAACCUGCCCCUGCGCGCCGGCCGCCGCCGCCUCGACCGCUGGGAGGAGAAGUUGCUGGGUGCCCGCAACCGGCGGCAGCUCUUCGCCAUGAGCGCGGCCGACGAGUGCGGCAGGAUGUACAACUCCACCAACACCGGGCUGUGGAGGAGGUGCCACCGGCUCGGCUUCGACCAGGACAUCGCCGAGCUGAUCGCCAAAGGUGUCCUGGACAGGUGUACGCCAAUCAAAUACCAUUACUCCUCAGCUAUUCUUCCGAAAAACCUUUCAUACAACAUUACAAAAACCAUCCGGCAAGAUGAGUGGCACUCCCUGCAUCUCCGCCGGAUGACAGCCGGAUUCAUGGGAAUGGCCGUUGCCAUCAUCCUCUUUGGCUGGAUAAUCGGGAUCCUUGGCUGCUGUUGGGAUCGGGGCCUGAUGCAGUACGUGGCUGGCUUACUGUUCCUGAUGGGAGGCACGUUUUGCAUCAUUUCACUGUGCACCUGCGUCGCUGGAAUUAACUUUGAACUAUCGCGCUACCCCAGAUACCUGUACGGGCUGCCCGACGACAUUAGCCACGGGUACGGCUGGUCCAUGUUCUGUGCCUGGGGCGGCCUUGGCUUGACGCUCAUUGCUGGCUUCUUCUGCACCCUGGCGCCUUCGGUCCAGACCGUCCCCAGGACAAGCUACCCCAAAUCCAGGCCGGAGAAUGGGACUGUCUGCUAGAGCUGAAAGGAUGGUGGCCAAAUCAGAGGGGCAACCAGGCUGAGGGUCUUGCUCACUUGGUGCCUGGCUUGAUGGACCUUUGGUGGCACAAGCUGGAAAUUAUUCGACAGCAAACCCUGAGCAGUGUAUAAUUCUUGACUUAUAUGUUAGUCUUAAUUCUUUGAAUGAAGAAGAACACAAUGUAUAUGCUGUAUCUAAACUGUUCCAUUCAACGGAGAUGAUCAACACUCCCACAUCUUGGUUGUGCCGAUGAAUAGAUUUGAUUAGUCAAGUUUAUCAUGGUGAAUAUGCCCCCAACUUACCUGAUAUAGUGUACAGAAAUCUCCUCCAUUAAAACCCAGAACUUUGUGUGUCGGAUGUAUUUUCACAGGAUCACUUUCAUACGUAUGUAUGUAUGUGUGGGUGUAUGCGUGUGUGUGUGUGUGUGUGUGUGUAUUUUAUGAUAAGUGUAACUCGUGAAAUUGUAAUUUUCUUUCUUCCCUGCAGAAAUAAACUGUACUGGAAAGUCAAUUUGAACAGGGGCUGAAUUAUGCCUUGACAAUGUGGUGAUGAUCUUCAUUAUUUUUAAAUUAAAUUUUCACCCCAUCAUCAAA